GCGCCGUUUAGUGGUCAGGCGGCAGCGAGCUCCGCCUCCCGCAGUGCAUGAUGGUCGUCGUACCGGUGGCGUCAACGGCCGUCGUUCGCCCCCCGGUGCCCCUGGUGCUCCGGUGAUGCUAAACGACCGGCGCCCGCUGCUGUGCUUCCGACGACCGCCUCCAAUGCCAUGGCCUCCAGCCACAGCUCCUCCCCAGCGCCUCGUCCCAGUGGUGGAGGCCGGGAUGGGUUCUACCACAAGGAGCAGGAGCCUUCCUUCCCUCGCUGCAGACCUGUGCCUGUCAGAUCUCUGCCUGACGUCUGCCCGAAGGAGCCGACCGGCGAGGGGCGUGGCCUGUGCGACGGCCCGUCCGUGGUGGCAGAGCAUGACAGGUGGACGGUGUUCAGCUCCAAGGUCAACCUCCCCGCAGCGCUGAACGACCCGCGUCUCGCUAAACGAGAGUCGGACUUCUUCACCAAAACAUGGGGCCUGGACUUCGCAGAGACGGACGUGAUGCCCUCCUUCUACCUCCCCAUCAUCACCAGGGAACACUUUGGGUCGUACCUGCAGGAGAUGGCUCAGAGGGAACGGAUCCACGAGCGCUGCAAGACGAUUUGUCCCAACAAGGACGACGUGGACACCGCCUCCAGUGUCACCACCAACCACGACAAGUCUAGAGCUGAGCUGGACCAAGUCCCCAAGAUCUUCAUGAAGCCUGACUUUGCUCUGGAGGAUCCCGCUACGUUCAACACCGUCCUGCCCUGGUCCCACUUUAACAGCGCUGGAGGAAAGAGCAGCAGAGACGUGGCCUCGUCUAAGCUGCUGCAGGAGAAGCUGAGUCACUUCCUGGACGUGGUGGAGGUGAGCAUCGCUCGGCAGAUCUCCCUGCGCUCCGACGCUUUCUUUCACGCCAUGUCCUCGCAGCACGAGCUGCAGGACCGUCUGCAGGAGACGCAGCGGGCAGUCGCUGUCCUGCGGGGCCGCACUGCUGCUAUGGAUCGCGUCAUGUGCCAGGGGCCCCUGCAGGCCCUGCGCACCGCUCUGACGCGCAACAACUGUGUGAAGCUGCACAACAAGCUGAAACUGAUGGCGGCGGUUCAUCAGACGCAGCCCACUGUGCAGCUGCUGCUCUCCACCUCCGAGUUCGUGGGUGCUCUGGAGCUCAUCGCCACCACCAAGGAGGUGCUGCAGCAGGAGCUGCAGGGAAUCCACAGCUUUAGACAUCUGGGAUCACAGCUGUGUGAGCUGGAGAAGCUGAUCGAUAAGAUGAUGGUGGAGGACUUCAGCAUGUACGCCCGCAGCGACCUGAACCGCAGCCUGAGGGACGAGCUGCAUGUUCUGGAGAAGGUCCAAAAACCAAACGCGGCCUUAGAGAAGGAGCGCCUGGAGUCGCUGGUGUUCGGGCUGCUGCGGCAGAGGAAGCUGGACUUUCUGGAUAUUUACAGCGAUGAGAUGAUCAUUGCUGCCAAGGCCAUCGUCGCACAGUGUGUGUCGGAAAGUGUUUUGCACAUAGAAGAAAUUGACACUGAAGUCGUCACAAAGCUACCUGACCAGAUGAGGCUGAUGACGUUCCCUCAGUGGUUUGAGCUGCUGAAAACCGUCUUCGAGACGUUCCUCCUGUUCUUGCAGAGGAUCAAGGCCACUUUGAACGUGAUCAGAAACGUGGUUCUGGAGGCUCUGGACUCGAACCGGAGGAGCCGGUCCCUGGAGGAGGCCGGCGCUCGGGCCUGGGCUCAGGACCCCCUGCGGGGGGAGGCUGAGCUGGCCUACCUCACCCACGAGGGCCUGUUUAUUAGCGACGCCCUGAAUGAGGCGGCGGCUCAGGAUCCCACCUCCAGGGUCCAGUCGGGUCCAAUGGAGACAGCUGGUACCGCCGACGGCGCCGUCAGCAGGGAGCAGAGCAUCACGUCUGCUGAGAACAUGAUGCCCUCGGACCUGGAGCUGAACCGCGUGAUCCACAACCUCCAGGAGCUGCUGCACUCGGCCUCAGACGUGAGCCACGAUCGCUGCGUCAAAGUCCUCACAGCCAGAGCCAAGGACAGUUCUCUGGAGCGUCUGAGCUCGGCCGAGUUCGUGGGCCUCUCCAGGGCCGUGGAGCGUUUCGCCAGAGACACCGAGGAGCUGUGUGGCCGACACAGCGUGUCCCUGAGGGGGGCGCUGCAGAGCCAGGCCAACCGCUUCGUCCACCGCUUCCACGAAGAGCGCAAGACCAAGCUCAGCCUCCUGCUGGACAACGAGCGCUGGAAACAGGCGGAGGUUCCUGCCGAGUUUCAGGAUCUGGUCAACUCCAUCGCUGGCGGCAGAAUCACACUACCAGAACGCAAAGCACCAGGUCCAGACGACAGGAAACCCACAGAGUUCCUGCUCGUUGGUGGACAGAAGUACGCUGUUGUUGGUACGGUUCUGCUGCUGAUCCGGAUCUUCCUGGAAUACUGUCAGUGUGUCAACGACAUCCCUUCCAUCGCCACAGACAUGCUGACGCGUCUGUCGGACCUCCUCAAGCACUUCAACUCUCGGAGCUGCCAGCUGGUUCUGGGAGCCGGAGCCCUGCAGGUCGUUGGCCUCAAGACCAUCACCACCAGAAACCUUGCGCUGGCUUCCCGCUGCCUGCAGCUGGUGGUUUACUACAUCCCCAUCAUCAGAGCUCAUUUUGAGACCAAACUACAGCCCAAACAGUUCAGCGCCCUCCGACACUUCGACCACAUCACAAAGGACUACAACGACCACAUAGCAGAGGUCUCUGCCAAGCUGGUGGCCAUCAUGGACGGUCUGUUUGAGAAGGUUUUAUCCAAGUAUGAGGUGAAGGCUCCGAUGCCGUCGGCCUGUUUCAGAAACGUUUGUAAGCAGAUGGCAAAGAUGCACGAAGCCAUUUAUGAGCUUUUACCUGAAGAACAGACGCAGAUGUUGUUUCUGAGGAUCAAUGGCAGUUUUAAAACGCACCUGAAGCGUCAGCUGGCUCGACUGGGGGUGGUGAAUGACGGAGGACCACAGAAUGGGUUGGUCACGGUGGACGUCGCCUUCUACUCUGAGAACCUCCAGGCGCUAAAAAACCUGGAGCGACUCGACCUGAACAUGGCUGAGAUCUGGGAGCAGAAGAGGUGACGGAGGCCAGAGUGUCCAGAACCACACACUGUGAGCGAAGGGCCUCGACCUCGGGCCCGAUGGCAGCCGGCUGAGAGCAGCAGCUCAGCUCCACCUUAGGACUACUAACACACAGCCUCCUUAAAAACUGCUUCACUGUGGGAGACUAGCAAAUGUCAGAGUCUCGUGGGAGCGCAGGGUAAUUUAUUUUCUGUCUCUACUGUUAUUUUUCUCCAGCGAUGCUGGAGCUGAAGGGAUUUUUUUAACGCACAUUGAAACUGAACUUUUCGUGUUGCUGGAACACUUUUGUGGAACUUUUCUAAGAGAUAAUAUAAUUAAUUUUUCCUCCUGUCUGUGCUGAAUCCAUGGACUGGCUUCAGGUUCAGGCUGUUUUCCUACACAUUCAUGCUUUUUAGUCCAGAAGGCCAAACAAUCUGACCCAGAGGAACUUGCAGCAGCAGAAAUGUGGUGCUGAAGAACCUAUUUCCUGAUUAUUUACAUCUAGACAGUGAAAUCAGAUACAUCAUGUCUUACCAAAGUAAAACAGGAAAUGGAUUCUUUGCGUCCGACCAUGCAUGCAGUUCUCCUGCUGCGAUGAGGCUCAGAUGAAGCUCAUUUUUAUACGUGUAGUUGAAUAAUGAGUGACUGCAGAACAUUAAGCAUGAAAAUCCACUGUGGAGCUCCUGACGACAUCCCUCCUCUUACUCCAGUUUUAUUUCAUCUGCAUGAGCCCGAUUCCUCCAAGGCACAAAACAGAACGGAACAGAACAUCUGAUUGAGCGCUUGAUUCCCUGUGUGUCCAUUGGAUCUUAUUGGGACGUUUGCUGAGCGUUUUCUGAGCUGCACAAGUGAAACAUACUGAAAGAAUCUGUGACAGUUAGUAAAGCUUCAGCAUCUGUUUUACUUUGGGUGAGAGUUGAUACAUGUCAGCCAUGAUCUGCAGCGGUACAAGAGGCUGAUCCUCCCUUUUAGCAAACGCUUAGUGCAGCUUCAGAUCUCCCGUUAAAUCAGAUGUUCUGUUCCCAGGUGAAGUUCAGUCUGUCUGAGCUCUAACACAUCUGUCCAGCUGUGGUCACGUCACAGAACAAGGUGUGAUGUGACUAAAAGCUCCUCACAGCUUCAGAAGUGCCUGAGCUCUCCACUACUGUGCCUACCACACCACUGUGUGCGAGCGGCUCCACCCUCACUGGGGGCUUUAGGUUCAAACCGUUGUGACUGUUCAGACCUGAGGUGAAUAAAACAAGAUGAUGGAGCA